UCGAAAACGCUUUUUAUAUAAUCUCGCGAGUGCUAAAAUUUUUUGGUAACCAAUAACACUAACAAAAUAACACUUUUCAAUCAUACUUUAACUUGCAAUAAUUAAUCGUAAAUGGUAUUAAAGAGAAUACGCUGUUUAACAGGCAGUUAAAACUCAUUUCGCGUCCUCCCAGAUUAAAUUUGUGUUUCAGAUCGUUUAUUUGCAAUGAAGCCAAGCUGCGCUUACUAUAAAUUAUCACCGUUCUGAAUUGGAGUCUCGUGACCAUACAUUACCGUUAUCAUUUCACUCCAGUUAGGUUGCUAUCGCUGAUGCUCUUCGAAUGUGGCUUGACGAUCAUUGAAUGAACUUCAAAAAAAGACAAUGAUGAACUCCAACUCUUCGAUUUCAUCCAGUUAUGAAGGGUAUCCUGGAAACAGAUCCGACUGCCCGAAUGAAGUGUUUGUACCCCCGCACACUUUCAACUCGGAAUACUUCAUGCCGCAAUUGUAUUUGGACUGCCUCGCGAGGAUGUGUCUUUUGACACAGAAAAACGCCAGUUUAUUCUGCCCAGUUCUCUUCGACGGAGUGGGUUGCUGGCCAGCGACUAGAGUCAACACCACGCAAGCAAUACCAUGUCCAAGCAUUCCCUUCUAUGACCAGAGCAAAUUUGGCACUCACGCAUGUGUAAUGGGAGAAAAAUGGGAUGGACAAGGAGAAGGAGAGGGGGUUCCUGUGUGGGCGUCCCACCCAGAUUACCCUGGACUCAUCUGGUCCGACUACUCUCUCUGCGAACAGGCCAUACACACUAAUAAGUACCAGCUGAUCCAGGUGAUCUACUACGUGGGCCACCUGCUCUCCUUUGCAUUCACUCUCACAGCUUUCAUCAUAUUCGCUGUCUUCAAAAAGCUUCACUGUCCCCGCAACGUGAUCCACAUGAACUUUUUCGGCUCAAUUGCUCUUUUCUGCUUCAACUACUUUCUGCAAACUGUGCUAAUGGAUACACUGCUAACAGACACUCUGUUAUGUAACCUGACCCACGUGGUAGUGCAGUACUGUUUCCAGACUACCUAUUUCUGGAUGUUGUGUGAGGCUGGCUUCUUGCACCGGACAGUGGUGACUAAUGUGUUCGGACAUAACGAGAGAGUUGGCCCAUUCAUUGUACUGGGAUGGGGAGCUCCCGUGAUGGUGGUGACUGUCUACGUCAUCACGAAUCUCAUUCUGGGCAAGAGCAAAGUGUGCUGGAUUUCGGAGUAUGGGGAGACGUUCAGCUGGGGAGUAGAGGUGCCUCUGAUGUUGUGCAUUGCCAUCAACCUGGUGUUGCUCAUCAGUGUCCUCCGAGUACUCAUUCCCAAAAUCAACGCAUCCGCCGCCAAUGUUCCCAGCCAAGAUGUGGCCAUCAAGAGCGCGAAGGCCAUCAUCUUUCUGUCUCCUCUGUUUGGAGUGCAUACCAUUGUGACUCUGUGGAUGCCCAGAGAGGGAUCCAAUGCACACAUUGUCCUAGGAGUAGUCCAGGCACUCCUCCAGUCAUUCCAAGGAUCGGUGGUUGCAAUUGUGUUUUGCUUCGGUAACAGCGAGGUUCGCACUGAGAUCAAAUCCAAAUUCACUUCCAUGAACCGGAGGCGAUCAACUGAUAUCGGCCGUGACAGGCCCUGUUAUGUCAUCUACAAAUCUAUAGGAGGCGGAUCCUUCAAAAAGAAAGAGGCCAACAACAGUGACAACAUCGACGAUAAAAACAACAACAACAACGUCUGUACAGACGAAGCCAUCAAAAAUGACACGAGCUGUAAAACUCAUAAACUCAGAAAUGACAACUGCAAAAUUUUAACCAAUAAUUGCAAAGGUAAUGCCAAGAGCAGAAAAAUUGUUAAAAACGCAGUUUUAUAAAUUUAUCUUUUGCGGGUUCAAAAUUGUGCUUGAAAAAUUCAUGUUAUUGUAAGAAAUAUUCAAAUUCAAAUGUCAGAUUGUAAA